ACACACUGUAGUGAAGCAGAGAGAGUCGAUCACAUGUGCUCGAGGAGCGAAAAUCAUUCCAUUGCAUAGAUCGCCAAGGACACAGUGGUAACUGUGACUUGCGCCCAGUUUAUUCAGAUUCAAUGCGAUUAUUUUGCGACGGUGAAAUGGCCGAGGGCUUGGAUAAGUUAGCUGGACAAACCAAAAUACCUUGUCCUCUAUGUCAGAACGGCUUCGACGAUCCAAAAGUUUUGCCGUGUUUACAUACUUUUUGUAAGAACUGCCUGACGGAAGCGGUGGAAAAUGGUCGGUUAAAAUGCCCAACUUGUCGUCUAAACGUUCCUCUGUCUGAGGCCGGAAUAGACGGAUUGCCUACCAACAUCUUCAGUCAUAAUAUUUUGGAUGUGCUAGUUCCGAGCCAAGAAAGCUUCGAAACGAGCAGCUUGAUACGAGCCGUGAUCCGUGAUUGCAAUAACUGUAGUGAAGGAUCAAUGGUAACGGCGCACUGUAAAGACUGCAGUGAGUAUUUAUGUGAAAGUUGUGUUAGAGCUCAUCAAAGGGUCCGAAUGACCAAAGAUCAUCGAAUCGUUUCAUUUAUUGAAGAAGCUGCUAUGAUGCAGAACAAAACGACCCUUGCCACAUCAACGUUAGCGUCAUCGCCGACCAUUUCAAUUUCGCCCUUGCCGACGAUGGGCGAUAAAACUCCUUCGGAAGGGUUGAUAAAAUGUGGAAAACACGAAACUGAAUUUUUGCGGCUUUACUGCGAGACGUGUUUUACUCCGGUCUGUAGUGAGUGUACUUUCCAAGAUCAUCGAGGCCAUAGUUUCCAGUACCUUCGCGAGGCGGUUGAAUCAACUAAAGCGAUCGUGGGAAAGUUGAUCGUUGAUGCGAAAACAGAGAUUUGUAAAUUGGAAGAAUCGGUGAGUUCAUCGCAAGCGAUCGCAGAGCAAGUGGAAUACAGGGCACAAACAGUCUCCAACGAGAUCAGGCAAACCGUACGCAGACACAUGGCUGCAUUAGAGGAGCGAGAGAGAGAGCUCUUACGACGCGUGGAGAAAGUGCGCCAAAUAAAAGGUAAAUCCCUUCAUUUACAGAUCGAUGAACUCAAGACUAGCUUAGGUAAAGUUUUAAACGUUUGCGAAUCGUCUGAGAGGACGUUAGAACUGAGCUCGGACCCGGAAUUGCUUGCCGCUAAGGGUCGUUUAUCAGAACACCUAAAUGAACUUAGAGCGAAACGUGGCCUAUUACAACCCCACGAAGAUGACGCCAUAUUAUUCACACCUCCAGACCAGGCUUUGCAAACAGCCAUUAGUUCUCUGGGUAUUGUUAGUAGUAGUGCUUUCACUCCGUAUUCUUGUGCAACUGGCGACGGGUUAAGACGAGGUAUUCGCGGCAAAGUUGCUAUGUUUAUGGUGCAAGCUAAAGAUCAUCAAGGCGAAAACCGCUGUAUCGGAGGGGACCCCUUGCUCGUCCAAGUACAAGGUCCUGAUGGGAUCUUCUAUCGAGCAGAGGUUAGCGAUCGACAAAAUGGAACUUACACAGUUUCUUAUCGUCCUCAAGUGACUGGAGAACAUAUUAUUUCAGUGACCAUACGCGGUCAACACAUAAACGAUUCUCCGUUCAGAGUAACAGUUAUCAAGGGUCGAAAUUACGUUGGCAUAGGGCCAGUCGUUCGUUUUUUCGGCUCUGAGGGUGAAGCUGAUGGUGAACUUUGUCGUCCAUGGGGCGUUUGCUGCGAUAAAGAUGGCAAUAUUAUCGUUGCUGAUCGAAGCAACAACCGUAUUCAAGUCUUCGAUUGCUACGGGAAUUUUCGUCUCAAGUUCGGAUCUGCAGGCUCUAGAAAUGGACAGUUUGAUCGGCCGGCAGGGGUGACUUGUGACACCGAUGGACGUAUUAUCGUUGCUGAUAAGGACAACCAUCGUAUCCAAGUUUUCAACGCCGAUGGAACUUUCAUUCUAAAAUUUGGCGAUAAAGGUUGCAAGAAUGGCCAGUUUAGCUACCCCUGGGACGUGGCUUGCAACAGCGAGGGUAACAUUCUAGUUUCGGACACGCGUAAUCACCGUGUCCAACUCUUCAACAGGGAGGGCAAGUUCCUCGGCAAGUUUGGCUUUGAAGGCAUCCACUGGAAAGAGUUUGAUUCUCCCCGCGGUGUAGCGUUUAAUCAUGAAGGCCAUAUGAUCGUCACCGACUUCAACAACCACAGAUUCCUUGUGAUCAGAGCGGACUUCCAACAUGCCUGGUUUUUGGGAGUGGAGGGUAGUAAGAACACAGAGUUCCUACGCCCUCAAGGAGUCGCUGUGGACCAAGAAGGAAACAUCAUCGUUGCUGACUCAAAGAAUCAUCGAAUUCAGAUCUUCCAACCCAAUGGAAACUUCCUCUGCAAGUUUGGAAUACACGGCAAUGCACCUGGCCAGCUUGAUCGCCCCUCAGGUAUAUGUGUAAGCAACGAAGGAGCUAUCAUUGUAGUAGAUUUUGGCAACAAUCGCAUACAAGUGUUUUAACCAUUGACAAACGCAGGUUGAUGUGUAGUUGCUUUUUCACUAUCGUGUGAAGUAGAUUUCUAUUAAGAACGUCUAGGCGAUAAGGUUAAUUUUUUGCCCGGCAAGAUGUUCUUCAAUUUGAACGCCGCGAGAUAAUGUAAACAUUUGCAUGACAGCAGAAAUCAAGGGACUUUCUACCAUCGAUCGUUUGUUAAUUAUUAAGGGUUGCUAUUCUUAAGCUUUAAAAUAUAUUUUUGAUUUCGAGUAGUGUGUCAAGCGCUAGAAAUUGGAGAAUGGCUCAGAGAGAUUUUUAAAGCAGAGUUGCAUGGUUUAAGCCAAACCCACUAUCCAAGAAUUUGUAUUUCACGACAUUUUUUGCUGACAACAUACACGCCGUCUUUCGUCUCCACACAAAUUCGUCACUAAUUUAAAGAGCUCGUGUACUUUUCGGUAAAUUCAAAACACAACUUGUUAGGCAGAAAUAUUGUGCGAAAUUUAUAGCGUAUUUCUUGGAAUGUAUUUAUUUGAUUCCUUCGUGAAAAUGUGGCAUGAAUUAUGUUCAUUGCCGCACCUCUGGUUCGUACCAACAUUUUAACAUGUCGUAAGCUCAUAGUCUAUUUAAAUGCCGAGUUUUGCUUGAUUAUUUAAAGCGUUUCUCUAGAAAGAAACAGUAAGAAGAAUUAACUAUUUGUGUAAGGCUCUCAUUUUGACAACGUACAUUAGAGGAGUGGUUAAUAACAUAAUUUGGACGCUGAACUCAAACGGACCGACGGUAUGGCCUGAAAAAAAGGAAAGGUGUGAAUGGUCUCAAUAGAGGUUCGUUUACCAUUCAAUUUGCUUUUGCCUUGAGAAGCGGAAAAGGUUUCACAAUUUUCAUAGCUUUGUUUUUGUUCUAAGUUAUGCCAUUGUUAACGCCACUUCGGAGAAUUCUUUGAGCUAAUUCUUGAAAUUGGUGUGUUAACUUAAUCUUCCCUACGUGAAAAAGAAACCAUCAAAAGCGUCCCCAUUUCUUUUCAAAACUUUUUCUACAUUGGCUCUGGUGGAUACAAUAUUAUCCCAUGGGCAUCCUUUUUUUUUUUUUUUUUUUUUUUUUUUUUUUUUUUUUUUUUUUUUUUUUCGAGAACUAAAUCAAGUCGUUGGUACUGCAAUGAUGUACCUAGGAAGACCACGGCUAUCCCGAGAGAGGAUUCGUUCCGUGAAUUGAACAAAAACAAGUUAACAAUAUUUUGGUUGAAAAGAACGUUGUUACCUUAGUUAAGCAACGCCUGAUAGUCCCCGAAAAUGUUAAGGAAAGUUUAUUCGGUUGAACGCGAGAAAAUCGCAGUUGUUAUAGAUAAUUUUAGAGAAUUACGCGUCCUGGGAAUUAAAAUCGAAGUAGAUCGUAGAAUACAGUUGUUAGUUUUAAUUGUAGAAGUAGUCAUCGGUGUUAAAACAGAACUAGAGAAAGUUUUCAAACGAUUUAAUUUUCCCAGCCUAAUAAAUUUCUGAAGAUGUGUUAUUUUUUAUCACGAACGUGAAUAUUUUGUGCACACGUACAAUAACGUAAUCGUUGACUUCAAAGAUCGACUAAAUAUAUAUUAUGAAUGAGAUAUAUAUUCCUAAUGUUAGAUAUAUUUUUUGUUUCAGUAAUAAUAUUUCAGUUUGAAGAGAAAAUAAAGCGACAACGCAAAUGUUAAAUUAAUUGUGCCUCGAAAUCGAAUCGGUUCGCUUAUUAAAGUGAGACAAAUUCAAGAUUGCAGCCAAACCUUCGAAAUGGAAGGUUUAUGAAUGUUUAGUACUUUCAUUGGUAUAUUGUGUUCUCGUAGAGUGUCAAGGUAACUCUUAGCUAACAGCGCUAAAUUUGUUCACGUUUGAAUUUUUAAUUUGAAGAUCGAUGGACAAAAAACAGUUUUUUAAUGUGUUAAUGUUAUGUUCAUUCACUCAUUAAAAACGCAUUGUGAUACUAGUUAAAGUGAGGUUAACAAAUUUUGAUCCAAUUUCGUCUUGGAAUUACAAGUUUGCAAUCUGAGCAAACAGGUCAAAGUUAGAUUUUUUUUCUGAUCUUAAAAGAAUCGGCAAAUUAGAUGAUUGCGACAAAGUUGAUUUCAACGGAAUUACGGCCAAAGGAUAAAAUUCCAUGUUGUACACAUCCUAGUAUCACAACCUUCCCAAUAAAAAAAAAUUCUGAAACUGUCAAUGAUCAUCGCAAUGUUGAAAUAUGCUGUAGAUCAUUCGUUCAAGGUUUUGAUUACCCAAUUAAUUCCUAAAGAUUGUUUGAGUGUAUUCCUAGCAAAUGUGCUAAGCUUUGUCUUUGCAAUUCAUGAAAUGCAACUUUGUGACAUUAUUUAUUGAAUGAGCUUUCAAGCAUAAUAUCUUAUUCUACCAGCCUCUCAAAAGAAUAUUUCAUUUAUCUUAAGGUGUAGAAAUCUUGCUUCUCAGAUUUGAACACUUUCUUUGACAAUUUCCUGUACAGUUUAUCUUCAAAGUUGGAUUUGAGGAAUUGCAAAGGUUCUUCUAAACAAUAAUUUUGUGCUCUAAUAUCACUGUUCAUAACAAGGACAGCUAAAUGUUAUAAUAUAAUACUCAGGAUUGUUUCGUAUUAAUUUAUUGAAUAAAAUUUAAACAGUUUCAAUCUA